AUGCUCGCAAAGGUUUUCGUAUUAGCUACUGCUGUGGCAGCAAUCGUUGCAGUACCACAAGACUAUCACCACAACCACGGCCACGCCACCUCAUCUCAGAGUAUUGUGCUGCAUCAAACCCACGAGCCUCAACACCACUACCAGGGUCACCAGCAAGAACAUUACCAACAAGGACACCAAGCAGACCAACAUUCAGGACAACAUGGCCACGCUUCUUCAUCCCAGAGCAUUGUGUUGCAUCAAACUCACGAGCCUCAGCACCAAGGAGGCCAUCAUUAUGAGGGACACGAGCAGGGACAUUACUACGGAGGUCACCAGGAACAAUACCAUGGAGCACAACACGGUCACGCUUCCUCAGCACAAAGCCUCCACCAGCAGCACGGACAUGGGACCGUCAAACACGUUGAAUACUAUUUCUGGUUCUUUGUGCUUCAGGGUCACCCCAAAUACGAGUUCGCUUACCAAGUGUCAGACCCUCACACUCAUGACAUCAAGUCCCAGCACGAGACGCGUGACGGUCACCUCGUGCACGGCGAGUACAGCCUGCACCAGCCCGACGGCAGGGUCAGGACUGUCAAGUACCACGCCGACCACAAGACCGGAUUCAACGCCGACGUACACUACUCCGGUCACGCUCAACACAUCGUCCCUGAACACCCUCACCACCACUGAUUGCUGAAAUAUUUGACUGAUACAUAUUAAGUUUUGUUUAGUACUGUUAUUGAUGUUGUAUCAAAAAAUUAAAAUAUUUUUAAUUUUUAUAAUACCUUCUUUCUUUCAAAUGUGUACUUCUGAGAUUCACUAUUUAGUCUUCGAACUUGUAAAGGUGUUGUGUUUUGAAGUCUUACUUUUGAUAUCGUAACUGUAAUGAUGACUGACAUUGAAGAUUCAACGAACAGGUUAAAAAGGUACUUAAAAUUGUUUAAAGUAGUAAGUUAAAUUUAUUUCGAAAGUCGAAUGCCUUCAAUUGUUUCCUAAAGACGUACUUAGAUCUUCCCUGCAUUCAACAAUAGCUGUUGCCCGCGACUUCGUCCCCGUGGGUAGAAGAUAUAAGUUAUG